CUCUUCGUUUGAGAAGUCGCUCACCGCACCUUGUGCCUGCUUCCUCGCUCUGAAUACACAGCCAUUUCCCUCCUCUGUGGGACUGUGGUGUAACUAGGUAUUUCUAAAGUGCUUUGAGAUCUUAUGCAAAAAAACCCUGUUACUGCAGGAACUGCAGGUACUACUUACAGAUUUCCUACUAUCAGCCCUGAAAUCUUGCUGAUACCCCUGGGGGCUGGGGAAGGUCUUUACGCUGGAAGGACGGGGCAUGUGCGUGCUUGCCCAGGACUGCCUCCAGCGAAGGGAGAGACCGAGCCCUCCUCCUCCUCCUCACCAUUCUGCCCAGAUCUUACCUUGAGCUUCAUGUGACCGAUUAAAAAAAAUUAAAACAAUUAUUUUGUGUUAAUUCCUCUAUAGCUGGGGGGUAUGUGCUGAGUGAUCAUAGGGACCGUGGUUAAACCAGCCUGGCCAGCGCCCGCCUGCCCCGUGUGUGUGUGUGUUGGUGUGCAGUGUGUGUGUUGGUGUACAGCCGGUGUGUGGGUGUGUUGGUGUGCAGUGUGUGUGUGUGUCUUCAGGGACCGCCAGAAUUCCCCACCGCUCCCUGAGCCACAGGCAGUCAGAUUGCAUCUCUGCUGCCUGAUGGACACCGUGAUUCAGGAGCUACAGCUCGCAGUGCCGGCUCCCUUUGCCAGCGUCGCCGGAGGUGGCAGGAGGCGUGGGAUGAAGUUUGGACCCAGCUGUUCCCAGAGCAGCCAGGGAGCAGGGCCAGCCCUCACCAGUGAGCAGCUGUGUUGUCCGAUGCGGUCGCGUUGCAGGCACCUCCAGCCAUGAACAACUGACAGGUUGGUAUUAGAAGGUGGGUUUUGCUCGGACAGGCUGUGAUCAAGAGGUGGUUUCGGGUUUAAAGCUGUACAAGUAAGCUGAAGUGACAAAUGUGGUUUUUUUGUGGGUUGGUAUGAAAUGCCAGGACAUGCAGGGCGGAGAUCUUAAUUUUAGGCAAGGCUUUUCUUUGCAGCCAUACCGGGUAUUACUCACCCAUGUGCUCUCCUGCAUGAGUCAGCUCAAAGAGCUGCCCAUCAUGAGACUGAACUGGAAACUGGUAUUUCAGCACCCUCCUUGCUCAAGGAUCGUCACCGUGCUGCUGAGAGAGGGCACAGCGGGAUGUGAAGACAGCCAUGUAACGGCGAGCAGGAGCAGGGACUCUUACCUGUCAGUGGGGGCUGCUGGAUCUCACACCUCAGGGUGUAAAUGGACCGGGAUUGAUCUCUGCUGCGUCCUCCCAGCUGCCUGCCUGACGCUUCUUACACGUUUCCUACAGUCUCUGGAUACUGGAGUGAAAGAUGGAUCUGUCCCACCGGUUCUCCAAGAGAGAGCUGGUCCUGCUCUACGAGGAGGUCCUCUACACCAUCAAGCACCGCCUGGGCAAGCCCGAGCACCACCACGUUGCGGAUGCCCAAGAGCUCUAUGCCUACGUGCAAAAGGCUUUUGGCAUGGAUGCGGAGGAGCACAGAGUCAUCAUGCAGCAGGUCAAGGAACUGGAGAGCCCAAUUUUUUGCCUGAAAGCAACCGUCAAGGAAGCCAAGGGGAUUUUGGGUAAAGACGUCAGUGGGUUCAGUGACCCAUACUGCCUGCUGGGCAUCGAGGCCAAGAGCCAGGAACCGGCCCACGCUGAUCACAAGAAGCGGAUGAAGGCUGUGGUCAAAGACCUCAUCCCCGAAGACCAGAUCCAUCGCACACAAGUCAUAAGCCAGACCCUCAGCCCGGUGUGGGACGAGACAUUUAUCCUGGAGUUCGAAGACAUCGAGAUGGCCAGCUUCCACCUGGACAUGUGGGACUCGGACGUGGUGGAGUCAGUGCGGCACAAGCUGGGGGAGCUGACAGACCUCCAUGGCCUCAAACGGAUCUUUAAAGAUGCUCGCAAAGACAAAGGGCAGGACGAUUUCCUGGGGAACGUGGUCCUUCGCCUGAAGGACCUGCACUGCUGGGAUGACCAGUGGUACCAGCUGGAGCCACGGACGGAGACGUACCCCAACCGGGGACAGUGUCACCUGCAGUUCCUGCUGCCUCACAAGAAGAGGGCCACCAUGAGCAGCCGGACACAGCCGAGCUACACUGUCCAUCGCCACCUUCUGCAGCAGCUGGUGUCCUAUGAGAUCCUUCAGCACCAGGCUGGCAGCAUCGCCUGGGAUGGGGAGCUGAGCAGACACGCCAGCACCGUGCUGUACCUGCAUGCCACGCAGAAGGAUCUCUCCGACUUCCACCAGGUCAUGGCGCAGUGGCUGGCAUACAGCAAGCUCUACCAGAGCCUUGAGUUCAACAGCAACUGCCUGCUCCACCAGAUCACCAGCAUCGAGUACCAGUGGGUGCAGGAGCGCCUGAAGCCAGAGCAGAAAGCAGAGCUGGCCGAGUCCUUCCAGUCCUUGCUGACUUACGGGGUCUCCCUCAUCCGGAGGUACCGCAUCAUUUUCCCCCUCUCUGUCCCGAGGUCCACAGAGAGGCUCCAGUCUCUGCUCCGGGUCCUGGUCCAGAUGUGCAAAAUGAAAGCUUUCCACGAGCUGUGCACGCUCAACCCCAACCUCCCCCAGAUGGUCUCCACGGCGCUGAAGUCAGGCACAACAGAGUGGUUUCACAUGAAGAAGCAGCACCUCAAGCCCAUGGUGAAGAGCAUGGAAGAGAAUGGCAAAGCCUUGUCCAGACUCCUCCUGGAGGUGAUAGAAGAUCUCCAACAGUGCCAGAAAAUCUGGAAUAAAUUCUUCAUCAAUACCUUGAAGUUGAAUCUCUUCUCUAUCGCCUACCUGGAGCUGGAGAGCCUGGUCGCAGAGCAUGUCCAGGAGCAGCUGCAUGAAGUCGACAGCAGCAUGUCCAAGCCUACAGCUGAGAGCCUUUUCCAGCUCUACAUGAACCUGCAGGAGCUCUAUAGGAUGAAGGACUUCCUCCUAAAGAGGGAUGGACCCCUGGCUCUGAGCAAUUUCCACCAGUGGUUCAAGGAAGCUGUGCCCCAGUGGCUGCAGAAGGCCUACACCAUCGCACUGGAGAGGGCACAGAGAGCCGUCCAGAUGGACCAGCUGACUCCCUUUGGGGAGCACAACAAGCACAGCACAUCUACCGUUGACCUGUCCACCUGCUACGCCCAGAUCGUGAAGACCUGGCAGCAGCUCAACUGGCCGGACCCUGAGGAAGCCUUCAUGAUCAUGGUGAAGCUUGUGGAGGACAUGUGCAAAAUCGCCCUGAUGUACUGCCGGCUCAUCAAGGAGAGGGCUGAGGCCCUCUCGCUGAAUGAGAAGAAUGAGGGUGAAGCGGCCAACAGGCUCUGCAUCGUGGUGAACAACAUCAAGCAGCUGCGGCUGCUGAUCCUAAGGCUGCCAUCGCAGCUGGACUGGGCCCAACUGGAGCAGCGCACAGGGACCAUCAUCGACCGGCAGCAGAUCCAGCACACGCUGCACAACCAGCUCGACAGCACCGUCUCCUGCCUGGACCAUGAGGUCCGGGAUGUGGUGCAAGCCCUGGCCACCAAGCUGGAAAAGGGCAUCGCCAGACACAUCCAGGAGCUCUCAUCUUCCAAUGACACCCGGGAGCCUGAGGAUUCCAUCAUCCCGCUCAUGAAGUUCCUGGAGUCGGAGCUGCAGUAUCUCAAUGAGCAUCUGGUCCAGGAGAACUUCAAAAGCCUUCUCACUCUCCUCUGGCAUCACACCUUGGCCGUGCUGUCGGCAGCCGCGGAGCAGCAUGUCCCCUCAACCCAGUGCUACAAGAAGCUGCACUGUGCCCUGAAGAGCCUGGAGCUGUGCUUCCAUGCCGAGGGCUGUGGGCUGCCGCUGGAGACCCUCCACACCGCAACCUUCCUGUCGCUGGAGACCCACCUGGCCCUCUGCUCUGCCACCAGCCGCAAACUCAUCCAGAAAUACUUCAGCAACAGGAUCCAACAGCAGCUGGACACCAGCUCGGAGAAGUAUGGGGCUGUGACGAUCAAAGCGCUGUAUCGCCCUUCAGAGCAGAAACUCCGUGUGGAAGUGCUCAACGCCGUCAACCUCAUCCCACUGGAUUCCAACGGCUCGAGCGACCCCUUCGUCCAGCUCACCCUGGAGCCCCGGCAUGAAUUUCCUGAGGUGGUGGCCCGGACCACCCAGUGCAAGAGGAACGAGCUGCACCCCCUCUUUGACGAAGCCUUCGACUUCUUGGUCCCCCCCGAGAAGUGCCGGCAGGAGGGGGCCUGCCUGCUGCUGACCGUGUUCGACUACGACACGCUGGGGAGCAACGACCUGGAGGGCGAAGCCUUCUUCCCCCUCCGCCACCUGCCUGGCCUCGACACUGAUGAGGACCAGGCUGAUGCAGGACGGGUGCCCCAGACCCGCCUCCCCCUCACCCACCCCAAACCCACCGGCGAUGAGAUCCUCCGGCUGCUGGAGUCCAGGAAGGGGGACAAAGAGGCUCAGGCCUUCGUUAAGCUCCGCAAGCAACGAGCCAAGCAGUCCAAGGAGACGGAGUGAGGGAGGUGGAGGAAGAGGGUCCCGAAACGCUGGGGUCUGGCCAGUGGGA